GUCUUUCUUUCCAUGACUGUAUGUACAGCGGUGGAGGAAAUAUUCACAUUGUUUAUUUACAUUAAAAGAACCAGUUAAACAGUUAAAUUGAAAAUAAUCAAUCUUAAGUCAAAUUCCUGCGUUUACAAGCCUACUUUAGUGAAAUACAGAAAUAUUAUGAAGAUUAAAAGUACUGAUUUUGCAAGGGAAAAUAUUAUAUAAUAUUUACUAUGACAUUAUGUGAUAGUAAAAAGCUGCUUAAACAUUAAUGUGUCAGUAUUAUCUGUUAUAACUGCUCCAGGUGGAGCUAUUGGGAACUACUUUAUACAGUUGGGUAGUUUGUUCCAGUGGUUGCCCACCUGGAGGGCGGGCCUCCGAAAGGGUCACAAGACCACUCUGGGGGGUCUUGGGAUGAUUAAUGUGGUGGGAAAGAAGAAAUAAAAGUUAUGCUGUAUUUAUUUUUUGGACUUUGGACUGAAUCUUUGCUUUUUUUUGUGAAAUACCAGAUCAUUUUAUAUUUCCAGUACAAUUAAAUGUACAUAGUAACUUCCCACCACUGAAUAUUGAGAAUAUCAUGUCAAUAGAUACUUGAGGAUGAGCCAAAAGAAAUGUUUGUUAAAAGCUUGUCAGGUUGAAGCGAUCACUUCCAGUGGAAAAGCCUGACUCCAGUCUUGUGAUUCUAACCCAACAACAAAUUACUCUGACUUUGUUUUGACUCAACAUGCCUGCUUAUGGGCCAAAGCUAGUUAGGGAAUUAAUAAGAUAAUGCUUUCAGGGGGCCAGGGGGCCCCUCAGAGGGAGAGCUGAUUUAAAGUCAAGGCAAGGCCAUCCUACAUGUUGUUUAGACAGAGAAGAAAAGCCUGGAUGCUGCUUGUUAGGGUCAUGUGUGUGUGUGUGGAGUAGAGGGGUGUUUUCCACUGUGUAAACCACCAGCUUGCUUCUUGGCUGCCUGGCUCGCGGUGCUGCCUUCAAAUACUGUCAGGAACAAUGGUGUCAAGCACGUGCAAGUCAGCAAUAUAAAUAUGACUUUGAGGCAGGGGAGUACUCUGUCUAAAGGAAGAGAAAGCUUGUGGACAACUGCGGUUCAUACAAAAACAUCAUUAAUAGUCUUAAUGCACAAUGGAUCCUUUUUCCUUUACUGUUGAAGUUACCCAAAGCUGUUUCAUCUUACAUGGUUGUUUCGCAGUGGUGGAAAAAGUAUUCAGAUCCCUUACUUAAGUAAAAGUACUAAUGCCACACUAAGAUUACUCCACUACAAGUAAAAGUCCUGCAAUCAAAACUUACAAUCAAAACUUUUGUAAAAGUACAAAAGUAUGAGCAUAAAAAUGUAGUUAAAGCACAAAAGUAAAAGUGUUAGUUAUGCAGAAUGAAUCCACUCAGAUUGUUUUAGAUAUUCUAAAUAUAUAAUUAGAUUGUUAUUAUUGAUGCAUUUAUGUAAGCAGCAUUGUAAUGUAGUCUGGUAUGUCUAUUUUGGAUGACUUAAUAUACUGUUUUGUGGUUUAAUUUAUAAAAGUUUGUAAUUACUUUAAAUGUAUCAUGUUUUUUUAUGUUAAAUCUCAACCUGAAAAGUAACUAAAGCUGUCAGGUGAAUGUAGUGGAGUAAAAAGUACAAUAGUUGCCUCUAAAAGAGUACAAGUAUAGAGUUGCAUUAAAUGGAAAUACAAGUACCUCAAAAUUGUACUUAAGUACAGUAUUUGAGUAAAUGUACUUAGUUACUUCGUUUCAUUGGCUACAAAUUUGUAACAGUAUUUGGACUGUGACACUAAAGUUAAAAUGUUAAAUUUAAUUUAAAGCCUCACAGCAUGGAAAUGGGAACUUUAAUAAGUUUCACACAGAGGGCAGGAAUGAAAAAAGUAAAAAAAAGUAUUUAUGCCAUAUACGGUAUAUCAACUAAAAGUGGUUGAUAGAGCCAAGGUUAUUAUAGUUAACGAAAACUAUAUAGUUAAAUAAAAACUAAUAACUAAAUGAAACUGAAACUAACUGAAACUUUAUUUUGUGGUUACAAAACUAACUAAAAUUAUAGUGAAAAUGUCCUUUGUUUUCGUCUUUGAAAUCUAUUUCAUCUAUCUGGUUUUAUGACUUAAAAAACUUAAUUGGGGGUGAGAUGGAUCAGACACAGGAAAUAAAGGCGACAUUUAUUGUGACCUUAUUGAAUCUGGCACCCAACAAAUACCCCAUUACACAAAAACUAAACUAAAACUAAGCAUUAUCUAAAAAAUAAAAACUAAUUAAAACUAGCAAACACACUCUAAGAACUAAUUAAAACUAACUGAAUUUGAAACCAAAAAUGACAACGAAAUUAAAACUAAAACUAAUGAAAAAUCCAAAACUAUUCUAACCUUGGAUAGAGCCCAGCCACACCCGCCAAAUGGAUUACAGUACAGCAUUUGCUUCAAUAAUAAGCACAGCUUUGUCCGACGGGGAUUAACCUCUGGUAUUUCCUAUAUUCUCCGGGAGCCCCUGAAGGCAUCAUGUGCGGGUUGUAAAGCGGACCGCAGCUCUUGUGUCUGUGUGCUGGAUCCGAGCUGACAGAGCAGAGAAAGUCUGCGCCGCUCCUCUCCUCCUCCUGUUUCAACUUUUACACUUUAUUUUCUUUCUCACUUGGUCAAAGGAACCCAUUUUUAUUUCUCCCGACUUUCAGCGGAAGGUUUCAGCGCUAUUUGAAUUAACAGUUAUAACUUACGGCUAGAAAACAAAAGAUAAGUAGAUAACUUGUACUUUGGACUUACUUAGAAAUUCUGUCAUAAACCCUCAAAGCAACAAGCGUCAUGGAGCAAAGUGUCUAAGAAGCACGGAAAGCUGAUCACCUUCUUGCGGUCCUUCAUGAAGUCCAGGCCCACCAAGCAGAAGCUGAAGCAGAGAGGCAUCCUCCGGGAGAGGGUGUUCGGCUGCGACCUGGGAGAACACCUCCUCAACUCAGGACAUGAUGUGCCCCAGGUCCUCAAAAGCUGCACCGAGUUCAUCGAGAAGCACGGCGUGGUGGACGGCAUCUACCGCCUCUCUGGAAUCGCCUCAAAUAUCCAGAAAUUGCGGCACGAGUUCGACUCGGAGCAGAUCCCCGACCUGACCAAAGAUGUUUACAUCCAGGACAUCCACUGCGUUGGCUCGCUGUGUAAGCUCUACUUCAGAGAGCUGCCCAACCCUCUGCUCACCUACCAGCUCUACGAGAAAUUCUCUGAUGCUGUAUCAGCAGCAACGGACGAGGAACGACUCAUCAAAAUCCAUGAUGUCAUACAGCAGCUUCCUCCACCGCAUUACAGGACCCUGGAGUUCCUCAUGAGACACCUUUCCCGCCUGGCAGCAUUCAGCUACAUCACCAACAUGCACAGCAAGAACCUGGCCAUCGUCUGGGCUCCCAACCUGCUGAGGUCCAAACAGAUUGAGUCUGCGUGCUUCAGCGGCACAGCUGCCUUCAUGGAAGUCCGAAUCCAGUCGGUGGUGGUGGAGUUCAUCCUGAACCACGUGGAUGUUCUCUUCAGCUCUAAACUCAGCUCACUAAUACGAGAGGGAGCAGGUCAUAACUCAUUGUCACGGCCCAAAUCCCUGCUGGUUUCAUCUCCCUCCACUAAACUCCUGAGUCUGGAGGAGGCCCAGGCCAGGACCCAGGCUCAGAUCAACUCUCCAGUCACUGAAGACAGCAAGUACAUCGAGGUGGGCGAAGGUCCGGCUGCCCUGCAGGGGAAGUUCCACACGGUCAUCGAGUUUCCCACCGAGAGGAAGAGACCUCCUAUUAAAUCCAAGAAGUCUCCUGUGGGUAGUUGGCGUUCUUUCUUCAACCUGGGCAAGUCUUCUUCUAUGUCCAAGCGCAAGCUGCACCGCAACCCCAGUGAGCCCAAUGAACUGAAGGCCAUGGCUCUCGCUGGAGGCAGAGGAGACACAGCAACAUUAAGAUCAGCCAAAAGUGAAGAAUCACUCAGUUCCCUGCACAAUGUUGAAGGAGAGUCCAAGGUGUACCGUCCUCGGCGGCCGCGCUCCAGCAGCGAUGCCCUGUCAGCCUCCUUUAACGGCGAGCUGCUGGACAGCCGGCAGCACUGCAACUCCUUCAACAACCUGGGCGCCACGGAGGACAGCGACGGAGACGACGGGCCCAUCUGUGUGCCUGCCCUCAUCUCCCCUCCCCGCUCUGCAGGUGAAGACGUGGACCUCAGCCCGCCGGACAUCGGCAUGGCCUCCUUGGACUUUGACCCCAUGUCUUUCCAGUGCAGUCUCCCCGACACCUCUUACGCCUUCCCGCUAGACGACUUGCCGGCCGGGGCGGAGGGCUCCACGUUAAAGAGGAGCCCCGGCAGCGUCUGCGGCAAGACCAAUGGCUCUGACCUCAUCUCUGCUGCCUUCCUGGGCAGCUUGAUGUCCCCCUUGUUGCCCGCAGACUUCACCACUACUACUACCACUUCCUAUUCUUACACUGAUAAACCCACACAGGCUGUGUCACCUAUUAAAUGUGGAAAGGCCACUAGUUUGACUCCAUUUGCCACUUCAGAGCUUUUCUCCACAGAGAAGCCUGACAAGAAUACAGUAGGACAGGUUGUCUCUCCGCAGCCAUUAUCUCCUCCGUCAGCAGCCAAGGACUCUCCUCCCCUGAUGGGCAGUGUGCUGCUCAGGGCAGCCGAGCCGUCGCUAAGUGAAGCUUUCCAAAUGGAGCUGCACUCUAAGCUGGCAGCCUUUGACAGCGUGGACAGUGGAGAGCUGAAAGGAGAGGACAGCGUGCAGCAGGCGCCAGCUGCCUGCAGCCAGGAGCACCACGCUCCGGACUCUUCGAAGGACCUCACCCCUCGUUCCCUCAGCUCUACAGCUCCCACUUCUGCCCCUCCUCCUCCUCCUCCUAAAAAUGCUGCCCGCAUGUUGGCCCUGGCCCUGGCCGAGUCUGCCCAGCAGGUCACCAUACAGUCUCAGUCCCGCUCUUCUGAGCCCUCCACACCGGUGUCCCCUCUGCAGCCACAGGAGGCCUCUAACUCCCAGGACUUGCCACAUCCACUGCUCCCACAUUUCCAGACUCCCUCUGAGGAAGGAGCGGGCAGAGGAGAGAGAGGAAGUUCACCACCACCAAACAGCAGCGCUCCCACUGUCACAACAGCCUCAUCUUGCCCCUCCACGACCAGUCCCACAAUCAGACAGCAGCCUCUAGAGUCAAGCAGUACAAUUACCAAGCCAUCAGACACUACCAAGUCCCUUAAAACUCCACCUGGAGCACAGCCGGAAACAGACUUCAGCCCACCAGACACUCCGUUUUACAAGUGUGCCCCACUCCCCAGUUCAACCAGCCUGACUUCUCCUGUCAGGAAAAGUCCAGAGAGGAAGCAGCCUGUCACGGGACAGGUCCCAGGACAAGUCCCAGGACAGGUCCCAGUCCGGAUCAGCUCCUCUAGUACCACUACAGCCACCUUCCCCAGUGGCAGCUGCAAAGAUACUGGAGUCUUACCACAGCCGGCCCCUGAGGUGAAACCAGAGGAGACUGCACCACCCCCAAUCCUUCCAAAACCAUCAGAACAACCACUUCCACCAAUUCAAAAGCCCAAGAGGCACGCUGUCUCACUGCCCCAGCAUCAAACACACACUCAGCAGCAGAGCCAAGCUCAGACACAGCCUCCUCCCCCAUCACAGCCUCAGCCUCAGAUACAAGUCCAAUCCCAGACCCAGCCUCAGAUUCCCAUGAAGGCCAGCGCCAGAGUGGCCCCCACCUCCGCCGAACCUGUUGAGAAGCCUUGGGAGGCCAUAAAGCCGGUCCAGCCCUGUAAUGAAUCUGCAAAGUACCACGACUCGUACGGAGCCAAGCCUCCAGCUCCUCCCGUCCGCACCAUCGAGAGCAAACUGGCCACAGCAGCACUGAGCCAAAGUGAAGCCUCCUACCAUAUGUUGGCUGAAGGCCCUGCUCCCGUCCAUCUGGAAGAGGCUCUUCCUCACCAUCCUCCUUCUCCUCGAAAAUCUUCCACUCACCAGCCAGCCUACCUGUACCACGCUAAAGGAGAGCCGGUCUUAAUUGAGCCUCCAGGAGCUGCGUACUACCACCAGAGGCCUGUUCCACUGGGACCACAGUCCAUACCGCACCACUUCCGGCCGGACAGCGUCCCCCCACACCUCUCCUACGUGUCCAAGUCGGAGCCUCAGAUACCGUACAGUGCCCGACUAGACAACAGAUACAGCACUUUAGGCCCCAGGUCCUUCCACCACUCUAUGAAGUCCAGAGGAAACCCCCGCAGCGUGUACGUGUCCCCGGGGCCAGGCCAUCAGGGUUACAACCACGACAGAAACCAAGGCUAUCCCACCAUUCGCAGGGUGCACUCUCUCCACGUUCCUUCCACUAUCCGCGCAGUGCCCAUUCAAAGGACCGAAGUUCCUCCAGACGAUGAAAUGUUCUUCUACCAUCGGCCUGUGUAUCAGUGCAAAGCCUACCAGCAGCCUCCGCAGCAGCAGCAGCAGCAGUCGUCACAGACCGACUACCACGUCACCCAGCUGCAGCCUUACUUUGAGAAUGGACGGGUGCAGUAUCGCUACAGUCCCUACUCUGGUUCAAGCCCUUUGGAGGCGCCUUUCUAUGACAUAGACCCUUAUGGCACUAUCCGUGUCCGUCACUUCCACUCCCACGGCAGCCGAGAUCCGGGAGCUGCUGCUGGCCGGCCGGGCGGAAAGGCAACCGGGUACCACUACCUCGCUCGCCACGUUCUCCCACCGGGGAAGGAGCACAGCUUCGUGAGCAGGGACAUGCCUCCCAGUCACGGGAGCAAGGAAGCUGCUGCUUACCUCGCUUGGGACCCCGAGGAGUCAGAAAGGCUCCGCAUGCACUCCAUCCGCAGGGAGAGCCGGGCCAGACAGAAGAUUAAAGGCCCCGUCCUCUCUCAGUAUGACAAUGUCGGCUUGUUUGCACCAGCAGAUAUAUCGGGAUAUGAAACCCUGCACCUGCGCAGCAAAUCUGACCCUGGUAAAGCUGUGCUGGUUGCAGCCGAGAGCAAAGACGGGCGCUACCUCCCCAGACACAUGGUGUCAGACCCUGACGUCCUCAUGUACAUGGAGACUGACAAGCACGUCCAGGGCAGCGCAGCGGGCGACAAGUCGGACGUGCUCGCCAAGCAAAGCGGUUCCAAGAAAUGCCAAUCGUCUCACUCCCUCCCAGCUACUCUGAGCCACAGUCUGUCCCAUCAGCAGGAGAUCGGCCGGCACGAGGCCAAGUACGAGGCGGCAGACGACAAGGCGGGCGGAGAGGGCGGCAGGUCCAAACACUGGCAGCAGGAGUAUUCCAACAAGAGGAACUUCCCACCGCGUUACGACUGUCAAGAAUCUGAGCAGCACCAGAGUAAAGGGAAAACAUCGAGCGGCUACCACAGUACAGAAGACCAGCCGUCCGCCCCCAGGGAACAACUCAGCCGCUCCAAACUGGAGCGAUCACACAGCGUCAGAGAGCAGCAGCACUACAGCCAGGGCAACCCCGAACUGGACAGAGACUACUCAUAUCAGAAACACGGCACUAAAACAGUGCAGUCCCACUAUGAUAACUUGGACGAUUAUCACCCAGUACCUCAGCCUCAGGCCCCUGGGCAAAAACGUGGAGGCUCGGGCUCCUAUCCCGCUCCAGGGUUCACAGUGAGCCACAACAACAGAGCAUACUCCACAGCACUGGGCCAGGGGGCCUUUAUCCAGAUCGACCUGGCCAUGCAGAGGCCAGAGACAGAGAUCCGUACAGAAUGAAGCAUUUAGGGGGGGAAAUGUGUGAAAUUAUCUUUAGCUGUGUAGAAGACAGACUCUAUGAGCUACGGUUGCAGCCUCUGCAGGACAGUGGACUGUCGUAUCACCAAUAUUUUUGCUCCUCUGUAUUUUUAAUGAAUUGUAAAGAAAAUUGUAAGACUUUUUACAGAAGGUCCUGAAUGUACCUGAAAUUAUUGUCCAGGAGGUCAUAUUAUUGUGAUUGACUGAGACAGUAGCCAGUCAUAAAUGUAUAUGAUAUGAAAGAUGUAAGGUACUUUUAACAGGAACACAAACAUGUAAAAAAAAACAUAUAUAUAUAUAUAUCUAUAAAUAUAUAUAUAUGAAUAGAAUCACUAGUAAAAAAGGGAUUUUAGUUGUAUUUUGUUUUUUUUAGGUGUGGCGCUGGGUAUGAGCAUCAACUGGGAUUAAGGUUUGCAUUUUAGAAAUGCAUGCACUCUCUAUCUUUACAGAACAGUUCUGUGUACUUCACUAUCCAUUGCGUUCUUUCUGGAUGUUACAGCACAAGUUAUUGAAGGAGGAUACAUGUAGGUCAUCUCGCCCUCCCUCAUAUAUACACAAGCAGGUGGUACAGGGAGUCUGUGUUUGACUCAGAGAAUCUGACUGAGCUUUGAUAAGCAGCUGCAGUGGGUUCCUUUCAGUUCAUAUAGUGAUUAUCAAUGUCUUAUUUUCUGUGUGACUGUGCCAUUUUUAUGUAACUUUGCUAUAAACACAUUUCAAUGACUUCUUAUGGAAUGUUUUGGUACUUGUUUGUUCUUCAUUGGAAGGGGGACCAAGCGGCUUGGCGCAGUUGUUGCACAUACGGGAUAAAGAGUGGGAGGUGGAUGAAUGCCUGUCGUACAUUUUAGAAGUGUAAGGGGUUAUUAUUUUUUUUAUUUCCUUUUUUUUCAUCACAUUCACAGUACUUUCAUGGAAUGGACUAACUGAAUAAAGCUGAAAACAAUUUCCUCUCAAACAACGUGGUGAAGAACAUGUUGCCGCUGCUUUCUGGUAAAAAAAACAACAACAUGGUGAUGAGCCUUAAAGUUUCACCCAACAGACCAUUUACAGGUGCAUCUCGAUAUUUUAGAAUAUGAUGGAAAAGUCCAUUUCCAGUAGUUCAAGUCAAGUAGCCCCAAGUUCUUGUUAAUUUUAAUGCCUGGUACAACUAAAGGUAAAUUUGUUUGGACAAAUAUAAUGAUAACAACAAGUAGCUCAUAAGAGUUUAAUUUAAGAGCUGAUAUCUAGACAUUUUCCAGAUAUAAUAACCAAGAUCAUCAAGAAAAACAUGGAAAAUGUCUAGAUAUCAGCUCUUAAAUUAAACUCUUGUGAGCUAUUUUUGUUAUUAUAUUUGUCCAACCAAAUAUACCUUUAGUUGUACCAGGCAUUACAAUGAGCAAGAAACUGAAGAAAACAAGGUGGUCUAAUAAUUUUUUCCAUGAAUGUAGAUGGACAUACUUUUCAGAGGCCAACAUUUCCAUAUUAAACAUACUUUUAAAAAUUGGUCUUUUGUAAUAUUCAAUUUUUUUGAGAUACUGAAUUUUAGGUCUUCAUUAAAUGUAAGCCAUAAUCAUUAUAAUUAGAAGAAAUAAAUAAAUUAAGACAUGAAAUGUUUAUUCUGUGUGUAAUGGAUCUAUAUAAUGUGUUAUUUCACCUUUGAACUGGAUUACUGACAUUAGUAAACUUUUCUAUGAUAUUCUAAUUUAUUGAGAUGCACCUGUGUUGUUUCCAUUGUCAUAAUGCACAAAACAUUGUGACAUCUACAUUCACCUGUGGGUUUGACAGGUCACCUACUGGGGGUUUUUUAUGGCUUCUCUGGUUCUGAAUUCAAAACAAUGAGGGAGGGAUUUUUUUUAAGAUAUCCCAUUUAUUUUCAAGCAGGAAGUCGAUGUAUAGUCCAUGCAUCUGGUAUUAUACUACAUGCCCUUUUGGUUCACCAUAAUGUAUGGAUUACAAUAUGUUUCAAAUAUGUCUAAAUCCAGGUCGUACUCUGUAACUGUUUGACUUCUAUAUCGCUUGCAGGUUUUGCUCCUCUUGCCUUAUCUAAAGCCUCUACCUUUUCAGAUGGGGAACUGAAGUAAGGCACUGUGUACUUGAAUGUGAAAACACUCUUGUCUCAAACUAGAGGUAUCUACAGUUAGAUAUGAAAUAAAUAAAACUGUUCAGGAAUAGCUAUAA